AUGAUGUCCGUCUCAACCAGAUUGAACCCUGCCUCCAUUCAUUUGAGUACCAUGAGCCCUCAUCCUCAGCUUCACUCGCUCUCCCGCCAGCCACACGCUUCCAUGUCCAGCGACGAGGCCCAGGAGUCGUCGCCUUCGCUGCCACCUUCGUCGUCGUCGACUUCGUCGACGACGUCGAAGAACUCGAGCAAGAACCCCUCCUCGUGGGAUCCGCAGGACGACCUGCUGCUGCGCCAUUUGAAGGAGGUCAAGAAAAUGGGCUGGAAAGAUAUCUCGCAGUACUUCCCCAACAGAACUCCCAACGCGUGCCAGUUCAGAUGGAGACGGUUGAAGUCCGGCAACCUGAAGUCGAACAAGACCGCACUGAUCGAUAUCAACACCUACUCGGGCCCGGUCAAGAUCACAAACACUGACAGCGUCCCCGACGAGGAAACCGCUGUCGAGGCGCCCGCCAGCGCCUCCGCGACGCCAUCCAUUCCGAUUCCCUCUAGAAAGGCGUCCUUGCCUUCGUUCAGCGCAUCGAUGUCAUUUGCGCACUCUCCGUCGAAUAUGACCCCUCCCGCAAUCGUCCCGAACGCUCCCUCCUCGAUACCGUUCGUCCCACCCCAGCUGCCCGUCGCACACCUGCACCACCAUCCGCACCACCACCUGCACCACCACCCGAACCAUAAGGCUUUGAAACCUCGGUCAAACUCUCAUUCGUUCACAAGCUCGUUGAACCAGGACCCCGUGGUCCKCCUCAACGACGAGGAAAAGUACGGGUUCAUUCCUAAAGUGUUUGUUAGGUCCAGAAGAAGCUCGUUUGCCUACCCGCAACAGGCCGCCAUAACCACCACCCCAUCUUCUCCAAAUUCCUCCCACGUCUUGAACUCUUCUUUGCUUGGUUCCAAGUCUAGGAAGGACUCGUUUGCCAACUGGUCCAGAAGAUCUUCCUUCAACAUCUCCAGUAACAACACUUCAAGGCGCUCUUCCAUCGUUCUGGCUCCAAAUUCAGUGUCGAACGUGUUCAACGCCAACACCAACAACAGCAGCAGCAGCAGCAACACGAACUCCAGAAGGGAGUCCAUCAUCAAAAAAGAAUUUCAACAAAGAUUGAACCAUCUGAAUACCAGCGGCGCCUCUACCCCGAGCAAUGGAGCCAUUUUCCCCGCCUCUUAUACCUUCAUGGACCUACCACGUCUUUCGUCCGUUUCAUCGUCAUCUACCACAUUGCCCAAGUUCAAGAGAGGCUCGCUUUCGGGUCAUUCUACAAACCCCUCCAAGUCAUCAUGGUCAAGGGAGGAAGACAUCUUACUAGUGGAAAACAAAAAGAGAAAUUUGUCCAUGAUGGAGUUGUCAAUUCUUCUUCCACAGAGAACCGAGGUGGAAAUCCAAUGGAGACUGGGCGUCUUGUCAAACGAUGCCGAGGAACUAUCUCCCGUACAUUCACCCCAGAGAACCCUGGCCAAGAAGAUUCGCCCAAGAAUGUUCCAAACCGCCUCCACCACGGAUAACAACAAAGAAAACGAUAAUGUGCGCGACGAUGACGAAGAUGAUGUAGAUCCCUUGCAUCGUUCCAAAGGAUCCGCACACAAAACCGCUUUUUCGUCCAGCAGUUCCAAUUUGUCCUCCAAGGAUGUUUCUCCGGACCCCAUUUUUUCACCAGAUCCAGCAGAUGAUUCGUCCAAUGCUUCCGACUCCGGAUCAAGAUUCACAAUCACUUCCGAGACGAGCUUUUCGAACACCACCGACCGUGCCACCAGCUCCAAGCACCCACACGACAUCACUUUGUUGGACAACUUCCGUUCCGAAGCCAUCACUCCAAGACCAAAGCCUUCCUCCACGACUACAUCCAUCACUACCGAAACCACUUGCAACAUGAUGAACCAUUCCAGCUCUACAACCACCACUACGAAUAAUAGUCCGCUGCCAAGCAUCAAUACUAUCUUCAAGGAUAUGCUCUAA